AUGAAGUUUUGGAGCAGAUUGGGAAAGGUUCCUUUGGGCUCUGCUCUUCUUGUCAGACACAAACAAGAACGAAAAAAAUAUGUAUUGAAAAAGAUUCGUCUUGCUCAUCAGGAGAUGGAGCUCAUUUCUACUGUCCACAAUCCAUUUGUCGUCGAGUACAAAGAUUCAUGGGUCGAAAAGGGUUGCUAUGUGUGCAUCGUUAUUGGAUAUUGUGAAGGCGGAGAAAUGACAGAAACCAUAAAAAGAGCAUGUGGUGUUCAUUUUCCUGAAGAGAAACUCUGUCAAUGGCUUGUUCAACUCCUAAUGGCACUCGAUUAUCUGCACGCCAACCACAUUCUUCACUGCGAUGUCAAGGUAAAGAUCAAACCUGUUAACUUCCAGAGCUAUGUUCCUUUCUUGUCUGAAGCAUCCAACCUCGCUAAGAUUCUCACUUCUGUUGACCUUACAUCCUCUGUUGUUGGGACUCCAAGUUACAUUUGCCCUGAGCUUCUUGCUGACAUACCUUACGGAUCAAAGUCAGACAUUUGGUCUUUGGCUCCUAAGCUAUUAGGGAUUGUGCUUCAGACUUGCAAGGGACAGGUGGAUCAUUGUGUGGAACCUUACCUGAGAAUCACAUUAGAUCGGCUACGAGGUACUGAGAAAUCCUCCUUCAGAUGUCUUCUGAUUGAAGUGAAAGUUUGCAUCUUGGGGUUGACAUCACUUCUCAGUCUUCCUGCUGGUCAAUUACUUGGAGAGGUCUUGCCAGCUGUAUUCAGGGCUCUUCUCGAGCUUUUAGUGGCAUACAAGGAUCAACUUGCUGAUGAAACUGAUGAAAGUACACUUCGCAAGUUAGCGGCACAGGCAAAGGACUUCCGCUCUUACAGCGACGACGAUGACUUUUCGGAUGAUGAUUUUAGCGACGAUGAGGAACUAGACUCUCCAAUUGAUGAAGUGGAUCCUUUCGUACUCUUCAUGGAUGCAGUCACUGCAAUGGAAGGAUCGGACUCACUCAGGUUCCAAGGCCUUACGCAAACACUAGACCUGCACUACCACGGACUUGCAAACAACGUAGCGCAGGACACGGAACAGAGGAGAGCCGAGAUUUUAAAGGAGAAACUUGAGAAGUAA